UCUCUGAGUUCAUUGGUUCGUCAAUCCGUCAAUCAUACGGUGCCGGCUUUCUUCAAUUUUCAUUGGCUAGCGAGUUCAGAGGCGGGAUUCGGCAGUCGCCCGGUAAUGGCGGAUGGUGGCGGCUGGCGGCCGCCGCGCCCCUGCGAGACCUACAGCGCUGAAUGGAAGCUCUGCCGCAGCGCGAGGCACUUCCUGCACCACUACUACGUCCACGGCGAGCGGCCAGCCUGCGAGCAGUGGCGGCGCGACCUGGCCAACUGCCGAGAGUGGGAGGAGCGCCGGAGCGCGGAGGCCCAGUCCCUCUGUGAGAGUGAGCGUGCGAGAGUCCAGGCUGCACGGAAACACACCCUCGUGUGGGCCCUGAGGCAGAGCCCUCCUGCAGACUGGCACCUCCCUCUGCCACAGGAGGAGAAAGACCAGUGACGAGCACUCCUGAAUGGCUUCCCCUGAUCUAAGUGGGGCUAUCGCAGGACCCUAAGGACAGUGACUGGCCAAAAGAGUCUAGUCGGUCCCUGAGAGCUUCUACCGCCUAGAACACAGAGCCUGAGGUCUCCAGCCCUACUUGCGCACCCUUCACCUGCAUUCAGAGUGAACUGAACCUGAACUGCACCUGCUGCUGCAAUGCUCUGAAAGACAAUUUCACCCACUGCACAGCUUCCAGGAUGCCAGACACCACUGCAGAUCCCAGUGAGCAGCCAGGUCAGGCUGGUUUGUGUUCCCCUCUUGGGGACAGCAGCAUUCUCAGGUAAACUCUUGAGUGGUAGCCCUGACCCAAGUGGUCAUGUAGGGGGAUCAGAAUGAGGUAGCUAAAUGGUUGUGUUGUAGUGAAUGCCUUUCCUGGUCCUCGAUUUGGUGAAACUGCAUUGCCAGCCCCUGGUGCUUACACAGAGCUACAGCCCACUCACUCAGUUCCUCUGCAGACACAGGUGGGGUGUUUCUUCUUCUACGAGAUAGGCCUCUUGAAGACUCUGGUUUUUAAGAAAUGCACACAGGUACAGAAUACAUAAGCUUGCGUUAAAAGGGUUCAUAGACUCUUGGCUUAGGAGAGCCAAGCCCGAGACACAAUGGAAUUUUGGUCUCUUUCCUUCAGAAUAUCCCUUGGUCAUUUUUAGAAAAUGUAGAUUAUAUCAAAAGCCAUUUCACAUAUUUUAUUCCAAACAAAAGCUGACCAUUAAAUCCACAAUUUAAUAGUUGAGAUUGUUAGAUUUAGCACCUGACAUUGUUGUACUGGGAGAGUUUGGGGAUUUUGUGUGCUUAUACUCUUGUAGAUGUUUUAAAAAUAUAUGCACAUGAACCAACAAGAACUCUAGUUCUUGGAGAGGUCUUUUUAUUACUAAUAAUUUUGCAUCUUGUGGCUGCAUAGCAGGCCCUAUUGUAUGGUGCUGAGGGUGAGGCUGGCCCUGUGCCCAGCACCCUCCCUGCUCCUUUCUGGCCAUUGAGGCCCACCGCAUUUUAUUUAUUUAUUUUUUAAUGCUUAUUUUAUUUUUGAGAGAGAGAGACAGAGAGUGAGCAGGAGAGAAGCAGAGAGAGAGGGAAACAUGGAAUCCGAAGCAGGUUCCAGGCUCUGAGCUGUCAGCACAGAGCCCGAUGCGGGGCUCGAACCCACGAACUGUGAGAUCAUGACCUGAGCUGAAGUUGGACACUUAGCCGCCUGAGCCACCCAGGCGCCCCGGGCCCACCGCAUUUUAGUACUUCUUCACGACUGGGCCCCAACCUGGCCAGAAAGGACAUGUUUUAACUCCACCAUCUUUUAACACAUUCUUCGGGGCAAAAUAAUCCCAUCACUUCAGAAAGGCAUACAUUAAAGAAAACUUUGCCUUUUCAUGUGCAUUUUCUCCUUUGCUAUGCCGAGUCCCUGUACUGCAUGUACCUGUAAAUGUUAGGGGAUCUGCGUGUAGGUCCUCAGUAGCCUUUCCUGAGUGUGUAUGUACUUGUGAGUGGGGGGCGAGGGGAGAAUGUGCACACAGGUCCCCAGUGGUCCUUCCUUGUGACUGUAUACCUAGGAGUAGUGAGGGGUGUGCACAUAGGUUCCAGUAGCCUCCCCCUGUAUGUUUGUACCUGUGAGGUGAGGGGGGGAGUGGUGUGCACAUAGGACCCCAAUAACCCCUUCCUGUGUGUGUAUGUACCUGUUGAGUGGUGGGGAUGUGUGUACACAGGUUCCCUAUGGUUCCUCCCUGUGUGUGUGUCCCUGAGAGUGGUGUGGGUGUGCACAUAGGAGCCCAGGAACAGAGGUGAGUAUAAAGAGCCCAUCCCAGGGUGGGGUGCCUUCACAUCUGAGUCAACCAGGUUAUCUCUUUUGUGGUGUGGCUACUUUCUGGAGCAUUUCAAGCCAAGAAGGAGAGGGAAGGCUGCUGGCGAUCUACGGGCAUUCUCUUCACUCGGAAACAUAAGGGAUAUUUGAAUUUUCCAAUCUGCAUAUGAUCCCUUGGGCUUCCUGGGGCAGGGCUGCAAUAGCAGCCAGCAGUCCUGAAGGGCUCACCUCAAGGGAUCCACACUCUACGUGCUUCUUUAGGGCCGGAGGCUGCCUGCCACUGACUGCUCUGUUAAGUCUUAUUCCUUCUCUGCUACUCAAUGAGUUCCACGUUGACAAUCAUCAUUGCACAGAAUGUUCCUACACCUGCUCCUGUGUUCACCCUUCACAACAUCUGAGCACCUGCUACAUGCCAGGAUUGCAGUCUUGAAAUGGGCAAGUUACUUCAAAGAGUUUUAGUUGAGUUUAGGAGACAGACAAAACAUUUAAACAUCAUUAAAUAAGUCUAAAGUAAUGUUAAGUGCUGUGAAGAAAAUAGAGCAGGAUCUCUUGCAUGAAACCCAUAAUAACAAGGGUUUUAUGAUCUGUACAUACUUUGUAUACGGCAUAUAUGGUUGAAACAAGUUUCACAAAACAAUCCUUGUAUAGUGUGUGGUACACUGACAUUUUCAGUUCUGUGCCACUGAAAAUAAACUGCACAUGUGGCAACUUGGGUGAAACUCAAGGAAACCAUGCGGAGUUAAAUGGAUACAUAUGAUAGUUCCAUUUAUGUAACAUUGGUGAGAUGAUGUAAUUAUAGAUGGAGAAUGGUUACUGCUGCCAAGGGUUAGGGAUGGGAAGAGGGAUGUGGAUAUGGCUAUUAAGGGGCACACAAGGGCAUUCUGUGGUAAUGGAACCUUGACAUAUACAGAGCUGAAUGAUGACAUUUUGUAGUGCUAGGCAUACACACAGAUGAUUGCAGACGUAGUGGGAAACCUAAAUACACUCUAGGCUGUACCUAUGUCAGUCUCUGGGUACUGACACUACUUGGUGUUUAAGAUGUUGACACUUGAGACUGGGAGAACCACACACAGCCCCUCCCUGCAUCCUUAUUUCCAACCUCCUGUGAAUCUGUAACUACUUCAAAAUAAAAAGUUAAAACUGCUG